CAUUGAACUUGGGUGAGGACCAAGAGAAAUCUUUUUACUCACUCAGAACUAGGACGGGCUCAGAAAUAGAUUCUCUUGUCUUUUUCUGUCCUCUCCCCCUUUCCCUGUUUCCUACCCCCCAGCUCCGCACACCCACUUGCACAUAUUAACCUCGAGGCUGUCGAGAAUCAGUGACUGGCACUUAGCGUCACAGAGAAAUAUCUGAGUGUUUGGUUACAGACUCAAGGAAACCUCACAUUUUAGAGUGUUCAUUUGUUUUAAAGCAAAAUUUUGGACUGUGAAGCAAGGCAUUGGGCAAACACAACAUGGCCUCGCCGGCUGACAGCUGUAUCCAGUUCACCCGCCAUGCGAGUGACGUUCUUCUCAACCUUAAUCGUCUCCGGAGUCGGGACAUCUUGACUGACGUUGUCAUCGUGGUGAGCCGUGAGCAGUUCAGAGCCCAUAAGACAGUGCUCAUGGCCUGCAGCGGCCUGUUCUACAGCAUCUUCACUGACCAGCUGAAAUGCAACCUCAGUGUAAUCAACCUGGAUCCUGAGAUCAACCCUGAAGGGUUCUGCAUCCUCUUGGACUUCAUGUACACAUCUAGGCUCAACCUUCGGGAAGGCAACAUCAUGGCUGUGAUGGCUACAGCCAUGUACCUACAGAUGGAGCAUGUUGUGGACACCUGCAGGAAAUUCAUCAAGGCCAGUGAAGCAGAAAUGGUCCCGGCACUUAAGCCACCACGUGAAGAGUUCCUGAACAGCCGGAUGUUGAUGCCCCAUGACAUCAUGGCCUAUCGAGGUCGUGAGGUUGUGGAGAACAAUCUGCCACUAAGGAAUACCCCUGGGUGUGAGAGCAGAGCUUUUGCCCCUGGUCUGUACAGUGGCCUGUCCACACCACCAGCCUCCUAUCCUAUGUACAGCCAUCUCCCGCUCAGCAGCUUCCUCUUCUCCGACGAGGAGCUCCGAGACGCCCCCCGCAUGCCUGUGGCCAACCCCUUCCCCAAGGAGCGGGUUCUCCCCUGCGACAGUGCUAGGCCAGUCCCCAGUGAGUACAGCAGGCCGGCCAUGGAGGUGUCCCCCGGCUUGUGCCACAGCAGCAUCUACUCGCCCAAGGAGGCGGUCCCAGAGGACGUUCGGAGUGACAUACACUACAGCGUGCCUGAGGGUCCCAAGCCUGCUGCCCCUUCUGCCCGGAGCGCCCCCUACUUCCCCUGCGACAAAGCCAGCAAAGAAGAAGAGAGACCCUCUUCCGAGGAUGAGAUCGCCCUGCAUUUCGAGCCCCCCAAUGCUCCCUUGAAUCGGAAGGGGCUGGUUAGUCCCCAGAGUCCCCAGAAAUCCGACUGCCAGCCCAACUCACCCACGGAGUCCUGCAGCAGCAAGAGCGCCUGCAUCCUUCAGGCUUCUGGCUCCCCUCCAGCCAAGAGCCCCACUGACCCGAAAGCCUGCAACUGGAAAAAGUAUAAGUUCAUCGUGCUGAACAGCCUCAAUCAGAAUGCCAAACCAGAGGGCUCUGAGCAGGCCGAGCUGGGUCGCCUCUCCCCUCGGGCCUACCCUGCCCCGCCUGCCUGCCAGCCGCCUAUGGAGCCUGCGAACCUUGAUCUUCAGUCUCCAACCAAGCUCAGUGCCAGUGGAGAGGACUCUACCAUCCCCCAAGCCAGCCGGCUCAAUAACAUCGUUAACAGGUCCCUGACAGGCUCCCCGCGAAGCAGCAGCGAGGGUCACUCCCCACUCUACAUGCAUCCCCCAAAGUGCACAUCCUGUGGCUCUCAGUCCCCGCAGCAUACAGAGAUGUGCCUACACACUGCUGGCCCCACGUUCCCCGAGGAGAUGGGAGAAACUCAGUCAGAGUACUCCGAUUCAAGCUGUGAGAAUGGGGCCUUCUUCUGCAACGAAUGUGACUGCCGUUUCUCCGAGGAGGCCUCCCUCAAGAGGCACACGCUGCAGACGCACAGUGACAAACCAUACAAGUGUGACCGCUGCCAGGCCUCCUUCCGCUACAAAGGCAACCUCGCCAGCCACAAGACCGUCCACACAGGCGAGAAACCCUACCGCUGUAACAUUUGUGGAGCGCAGUUCAAUCGGCCGGCCAACCUGAAGACCCACACUCGAAUCCACUCUGGAGAAAAGCCCUACAAAUGCGAAACCUGUGGGGCCAGAUUCGUGCAGGUGGCCCACCUCCGCGCGCAUGUGCUCAUUCACACUGGAGAGAAGCCGUACCCCUGUGAAAUCUGCGGCACCCGCUUCCGGCACCUGCAGACCCUGAAGAGCCACCUGCGCAUCCACACAGGAGAGAAACCUUACCAUUGUGAGAAGUGUAACCUGCAUUUUCGUCACAAAAGCCAGCUGCGACUUCAUUUGCGCCAGAAGCACGGCGCCAUCACCAACACCAAGGUGCAGUACCGGGUGUCCGCCGCCGACCUGCCUCCGGAGCUCCCCAAAGCCUGCUGAAGCAUGGAGCGUUGACUCUUUUCCUUUCCAGCCCCUUCUCAGAAUCUACCCAAAGGAUGCUGUAACACUUUACAAAGGUCAUCCCAUGAUGUAGUGCCUCUCUCAUCCACUAGUGCAAAUCAUAGUUGGGGUGGGGGUGGGGGUAGGGUUUGCGGGACGGGGAGCCAAGGCAGCUCCCCUUCCCACACUGCCAUAAAACAUUAAGAAAAUACUAUUGCUUCUUCUCCUAUGUGUAAGGCAAACCAUGUCAGCAAAAAUCAAAAUCAUUUUUCUAUAUCAAAGCAGGGGAGAAUGCAAAAGUUCUGACUUGACAGGUUGUAACAAGAGGAAUGUAAAUGUUCUGUGGGAACAGAGAUCUCUUUUGUAUGUAAAUGUGUAUUGUUUUAAAAGACAAGACUUCAGUAUGUUGUCAAAGAGAGGGCUUUAAUUUUUUUAACCAAAGGUGAAGGAAUAUAUGGCAGAGUUGUAAAUAUAUAAAUAUUAUAUAUAUAUAAUAUAAAUAUAUAAACCUAAAAAAGAUAUAUUGAAAAUAUAAAACUGCGUUAAAGGCUCGAUUUUGUAUCUGCAGGCAGACACGGAUCUGAGAAUCUUUAUUGAGAAAGAGCACUUAAGAGACUAUUUUAAGUAUUGCGUCUGUAUAAGUAAGAAAAUAUUUUGUCUAAAAUGCCUCAGUGUAUUUGUAUUUUUUUGCAAGUGAAGGUUUACAAUUUACAAAGUGUGUAUUAAAAACAAAAAGAACAAAAAAAAAGCUGCAGAAGGAGAAAUGUAUACUUUUGUUCUAGUUUUCAGUUUGUAUAUACCUGUAACGUGUUCACGGUGCCUUUUUUCACGGAAGUUUUCAAUGACAGACGAGCGUGCGCCAUCCCUUUCUGACGCGUAGGCAGACACGGGGACUUGAAGAAGUUGUCACUAACUAAACUCUCUUUGGGAAUGUCUGACUCCUCCCACAUUCUGCGUCAUGCUUGUUGUUUUAAAUUACUCCGGAGACAGGGUUUGGCUGUGUCUAAACUGCAUUAUUGCGUUGUAAAAUAUAGCUGUACAAAUAUAAGAAUAAAACAUUGAAAAGUCGA